GAUAGUUGUCGUUUUCUGAGAAGCAAAUUUGCCUUCGUCGUCGUUCUAGACGUUUUUUGGCGACAUCGACGGUCGGUGUACCCCUGCCUCCUCCUCGGCCUCCUCGGCCUCCUCGGCCUCCUCCUCCCUCUCCCCGUCCGUCCCGGUUGUUGUGGAAAAGGCGGGGGGGAGGGAGGGGAGGGUUCCCUUGGUUUGGGAGGCGAUAUGGAAUUAGGACAGUGUGUAAGUGCAUGUAACAACGCUUCCUUGUUGUUAAUCUCUUCUUCCUCCUCCUUUCGAUCUCAGACUGGUGAGUUCAGCAGCCGCUGCUACGAUCAGUGUUACGAGGAGGCGGGAUGGUCUAUGCCCCAGACGACCACUCGUCGAGCGGCUCCCAUAGUCGCAGCGGGCGUGCUGCUGGUCGUCGCUGCGCUGGUAUCGCUGGCAACGUCAGCAUUGCUCACUCUUGACACUUGUAGGUUGCGCGCGAUCGUAGACGGUGAGGACGAAGACUGGCUGAGGAGGAAGCGCGCGCGGGCGCUGACGGAGCUGCGCGGGCGGGGCAGUUAUCCUCUCUGCGCGCUGCUGAUCGCGGGUUCGGCGGCGACGACGGGCACCGUGGCGCUGCUCCUUGCCGGCACGGGCAACCUGAUCCUGGGGUACUUCAUCUCGUGGGUGCUGGUGUUCUUCUGCGCGGAGUUGAUUCCGCCGGCGCUCUCUUCGGUUGACCCGCUGGCGGUGGCAGCGCAUACUUCAUGGCUUACCCGCCUGCUGACGUGGGUCAUGGUCCCCUUCGCGUGGCCCAUCAGCUACGUGUUAGAUCGGUGUUUGACACGUGGCAUCCGGGGCGAUGGAGGGGAAUUCUCCCCGGGAUGGAGUGGCGGGAUAAGGGGUGACCCCUGGAAUGUGGGGCUGGGGUUGAGCGGAGAGAAGGUUGGGGGGGGGGGGAAAGGGCAAGGGCAAGGGAGGGAGCGGGCAGGGCAGGAGGGGUCGGCUGGUUCAGAUGCGCCAUCGCUCGGGCGGAAGCAGCAGCGGGUUGAACCCGGGGAACAGCAGUACUCGUCGUCCUUCCCUGCGCAGCGGACGGGGCCCCAGGAGGGCAUCGAUGGGGGCAAUCAUGGCCUUGGUCGUCAUUCUCGAGGAGGAUCCGGCGGCGGCGAAGGAGAGAGCUGCGCGGAUGAUGGGGUUGAUUUGCAGGGUAAUCGCCGAACAGCAUUGCGGGGGAAUGGGGGAGGGGGGGGGAUUGCACUCGGAUGUGAGCUGGAUGAGACAACGUCGCCGAUUUGCGCCAAGCGACUGAAUCUGGUCGCAUUCGCGGCGAUUGUGAAGUCCGAGGACGAGGAAGACGAGGAGCUCGGGGGAUCGCGGAGGUGGGGGGGGGGGCAGGGGGGGAGCAGCAGCAGCCGGGAUACCGCCCCGCCAUCGCUCCCCUCAGCUCUCUCGCUCUCGAGACCUGCGGUGGAGAAAGAGGACCGGCGCCUCUCCGACGACUUCCUGGGGAGGCGACUGUCAGGAGGAGGCAGCGGCAGUUUCGGCGGUGGUCAGGCAAAGCUCAUCAAAUCGGAAAUGGAUAUCGGUAUCGCGAUGGCGCGCAGCGACCGCGGAUCCGGCUUUCCCAUGGAUUCUUGUUCUCCUAUGGAAGGGAUGGUUUGCGGCGAUUUCCAGAGGAAUAGAGUGGAGCGGAGUAUGAGUCUUUCUCGGGUGAAGGAGGUGGAGGAAGAGGAUGGGGAGAGGAGCGAAGGAGCGGUGUCCUCUGGAGGAGGACUAGAGCGCAGACGCAGUGGUCGCCUGAAGGGAGAACUUCAAGGAGGUCAUAAGCAGGCGAGGGGGCACAGUGAUACUGAGAGCAGCGAUGGCGAUAUGGUGGAUGUGGAGAUCGGCGAUGAUCAAUCGUGGUUAGAUGCUGAGGGUGGAGGAGAGAGUGGUAGCGGGUACCUUGUGGAGGUGAAGGUUGCCGCCGGACACUCAGGGAGCAAAAUGAGUGAAUUUGGGAAGGAAAGAAAUUGGGAGGAGGAGGGGGAGGGGAAAAGGCAUUCUACGAGCGCCGGUUCAAAUAACUUCUUUGAACGCCGCCAGAGCAGCGGCAGCAGGAGCAGCAGCAGCAGCAGCGGGGAGGUGAUCGCCGGCGGAGAGCACGAGGACGCGCGGCGUUGUUCGGCGGAGGCUGGGCAAAGAAGGGAAGACGCCCGCGGAGCCGGCGGGUCCGAAGGCGAUGCUGCUGGCGCGGGGGGGGGCGGCGCGCUUGGGCUGGACAAAGUCUUGCCUCCCAUCCGAUUAGCCGCGGCGGCUAUCGUAGCGGUAGCUUCCGCCGCGAUCGGCGGAAUGACGCGGAGGUACAUUGGCAGCAGUAGAGCAGAAGAGAGCACAGUCCCCCGCAUCGCGGCGCAGGAAGCUUGUGCGGAUGUUGUGGUUUGUGUGCGGGAGGAAGGAGAAGAAGCAGACGCAGAGACAGGAGUCGCGGUGUCAGCAGAAGAGUGUCGUUCGACGGAGGCCGUUGACAGAGUGGCAAUCAUGCCGGUGAGCCUGGGGAUGGAGGACGAUGCGAUCAUCGUGGAGGUUGCCGCACUGGAUCCCGACGAUAGGUCGGGGACGGUUGUGAUCGUGUUUGAGGAAGACGAGAGGAGAGGAGGAAUGGCUUCUGUGGCGGCUGCUGCUUCUGUUUGGGUAGACGGUAGGAGAGGAGGAGAGGAAGAGGAGGGACGUGGGGAAGUGGGGGAGGAGGAGGGGGGGGGGUCGUGGACGCGGGGGAGCAGCACAGUCACUGAAGCGUGCAGUGCGCGGGAAGUGGGGAGUAGCCCGGUGAUGGGUGUGGAGGGGGUGAUGGGAGACGAGUGGUCGGUGGUAAAGCGGAUCGAUACGAGGGUGGGAGGAGGUGGGGAAGGGAGUAGCUGUAGCGGUAGGGAGCUGAGCGCGCGGGGACUGAAGGCGAUGCUGAGCGGCGCUGAGAAUGUCAAGGGGGUGAAGAUCGCGACUUGCGCGGACUUGAGCGCCGCGGGCGUCGACUGUACACAGCCGUCGCCCACGUCGCCGUUGGAUCCGCUCCUAGACGAGCGGGAGGACAGCGGCGGAGAAUCUGACGGGGGAAAAGGACUGGGGAGAGAGGAGGAAAACGCUUUGGCGGCGGCAAUGCAGCAAGAAGAGCAACGGUUCGCUCGGGCGCUGGCCCGCGGGGGAGCCUCGACGGAAGCGGCGCGGGGAAGAGCGGGGAGAAAGGAUGGUGGCGCGCUCCCCCGCGCUUGUCGGCGCAAGUCGCGAUCGAGAUCGAGGGCCUUCACGAUGUCCAACGGCGACGCGUCGUCCAUGGAUCUCGGCUCGGGCAAGGUGAUUGCGCCCGCGGGCUCGGCGCGCAUCGGACGGCCCGGGAUGGCCCGGAGAAGUCUGUCCAUCUCGGGGGCGACCACUGCCACGUUGCCCAGAUCCCCCCCUAGCUGUGCCUCAGCGAGCCAAUGUGAAUGCGGCCGCGGGCUCGGCGCGCAUUGGACCCCUAGCUUGUGCCUCAGUGAGAACAGUCACGGGGAGGAGUCGUGCAUUCCAGAGUCCUACCUGGAUUCCGACGACGAUUGCUUCUCGCUGAAGGUUCCCAGCGCGUCGAUGGAAAAUUUGGACCUGCUGCUUCUUGAUCCGCCGACGAGGGGCGCGCACGGCAGCGCGGCGACGACGGUCAUUGUGAAUCUCCCCGAGAAGAACGUACUCGAUUCAUGGGGGGAGAUCGAGACUGGCGGGGGUGGUGGCCCUCAUGGUGGCGAGGGGGAGGGAGGGGAGAGAGCAAGGGGGGGGGGAGGGGGCGUGCGCGGAUCAUCGCCGUGGCGGGGGCAAGAGAUGGGGGGCGCAGGCGAGGGGGGGGGGGUGGGGGAAAAUUGGCAGGCAGCGGCACGGAGAAGGGCUGGACUGCGACGGUGGGAGAAGGGUGAACCGGCCGCGGCGGCUGUUGAUGGCCGUCGACACCGACGGCAUUGCGAGUCGUCGGAAGCACGCAGAGGGAGAGGACGUGAGAGAGCCGCCUCCGAAGAGGGGAGGAGGAGGAGCAGGAGUGCCCUGUCCAUUCCGUCGAGAUUACCCUCACCCGUUGGUCGUCGAUUGGCGCCGAAGAAGUCGAAGGAGUCCUUGAGACGAACAGUCAAUCUGUCGAAGUCCUCCUCCGCGCUGCGGGCCGUGCGACAGCUGGCAGAUUGGGGCCGGAUCCGAUCGGUAUCGGGACAGAAGGGCAUUCAAUUUGGCGGCGGCGACCUGUCAAGAGCGGUGGGGCAACUGAGGGAGGAGGAGGGGGGGCAGAAGGCGAGAAGCGGACGCGGGGCGAGCACCCAGAGGAGUAGGAAGGAGAGGAACGAGAGGAGAAGAGAGUGCGGAAGUCCCAAGGGUUGCUGGCUGACGUCGAUGGAUGUAGAGAGAGACGUGAGGAGCGAGAGAGGAUCGCGGCGUGGGGAAUCGUCGAGGGUGGAACACGACCCAUGGACAGCGGAGAGGUUGUACGUAGUAGGGGCGAGGAGCGGGAGAUGGGAUGAGCUGGGGAUUGUUGAAAGCAGGGGGAACGUGGAGCGGGAGGAGGGGGAGGAGGAGGAGGAGGAGGAAAAGGAGGGGAGAAGAAGGAAGGCGAGGGAGAGAGAGAGGGUGCGAUCGCAGACGGAUUCGGAGCGAGGAGUGUCUUCCUCCACUACGUGGAGGCGAGAGUCUGAAGAGGAAUACGAUCGGGAUCGGAGCGACGACGCGGAACUGGGGAGGAGGAAGGAGGUCGGGAUAGCAACCAGACUGACUAAGUCGGGCGCAUCGGACGGUGCAAACAUGACUUCUUCAGAAGCGACCUUGACGCUCAGCGAUUAUGAGGAGAAGAAGGUGAGUGGGGGGGGGGAUGAUGCUGAUGCUGAUGCUGAUGCUGAUGCUGAUGCUGAAGCUGAUGCUGAUGCUGAAGCUGAUGCUGAUGCUGAUGCUGAUGCUGAUGAUGCUGAUGAUGAUGCUGAUGAUGAUGAUGAAGAUGAUGAUGAUGGUGAUCGUCAGGACAGCGCGAGUUUGUGUCCCGACAUGCGUGAUAGAAGAAUGCUAGCGUUCGUCGUGUGUAAAGGAGAGGGUUUGGUCGGCGUCGGGGUCGGGGUGCAAUCUCAUAAUGACUGUCAAGCCCCUGCCAGUGCCGCUGAUGAGCUGAUCGUCGGUAUCGCUGCGCAGGUGAAUGAAAUCGGUUGUGCUGUCGGGCAUUCCAGGGCGGGGCCGUUUGCGAGUCCGCUGCUGGAAUCAGGUGCGUGGAACAGUUGAUCUAUCUAUCUAUCUAUCUAUCUAUCUAUCUAUCUAUCUAUCUAUCUAUCUAUCUAUCCUGUCGAUCAAGCAGGUGGAAACCAGUCGCAAUCUACCCAUCCUGGCUCUAGUAGCCAAACAUAUAAUCAUGAUUGAGAUUUAUGUACAUAUCUAUAUACAUACAUUGCCAUCUAACUAUCUAUCUAUCUAUCUAUCUAUCUAUCUAUCUAUAUCGUCAAAAACGGAGCUGCCCGGUAUAUAUACACAGACGUGUAUAUUCAUGUAAGGCACACCGUACCUGCUGUAUAAGAAUGAUGCAUGUACAUAACAGAACCAGUGACACUUGGCAAAGCUCUC